UUUCCAGUGGCGUAGUUACAGAGUGUUGCACUUUUAUCACUCAAUAUCAAAAAUAUGAAGAUAAAAAAUAAAAACCAAUGAAAUAAAAAACUUUUCAAAUAAUCGCUAAUAAUGGAUACAUUUUUUAUACUCUUUAUGUUUUAUCUUAUGCGGGUUUUUUUUUUUAAUCAUCGUUAAUAUCCACAAAUGUCACUUAGCUACUCCACUGGUCUUAACAUUUGAAGCUGUGGUUUAUGUCGAUAUAACGUUCUUUGUAUCUUUUUUAAUUUAUUUUUUAUCUUUUUAACUUUAUAUCUUUAUUUGAUUAAAUAAUUUAAUUGCUUUAAUUUUUCAAACAUUUUAUAGAAUUAAAUUAUUUUUUUUUUUGUAAACAAAUAUUUGUGUUUUGUUUUUAUGUUUAUUUUUAAAUAAUAUUAUAUAACUUUAAUCAUAACAUUUUUUUAAAUUGUUAAAGUUGCAGGGCACUAUUAAGCCCGUUUUUGUGUGAAUUCUGAUUUUUUUACUGCAUUUUUCAAAAUUUUUAAUUCAUUUUGAAUAAAAGCAACUUACAUCAUUCAAGCUUUUUUAGAUUUUUCAGGCUCGUUUUUAUUUAUUUACAGUCUCAAAAUGACAGAGUUUUUAUGUCACGAAUUAGCUGCCAAUGGGGAUUCCUUACAAUUGGAGGCUUUUCUUAAAACUUACGGCAACAAAUUUAUCAAUUUUCCAGAUGCCGACUUUAGUGGCAGAGCGCCUUUACAUUGGGCUAUAAUUCAAGGCCGUUAUAAAUGUUGUAAAGUUUUAUUGGAAAAUGGAGCUAAUCCUAUGCUUCGUAUGCAAGAGGGAUGGUCUCCUGCUCACUGUGCUGCAGAGAUUGGGAAUAUCGAAAUAUUAAAGCUACUAGAAAGUUACUCUGCCGACCUCAAUUGCAAUGAUGAUUUUGGUGCAACCCCUCGAAGAAUUUCAGAAAUACACGGACAUUGGGAAUGUGUCAAAUAUUUAGACAGUCUUACGAAGAAAGCCGACAAAUGAAUUCGUUCUAAAUAAGUGUUUUGUGAUACCAAUGUGAAAUCCUUGAGUAUUAUGCAGCUCAUAAAUAUUUCAUUAGUGAA